AUGAAGAAAACCAUGAACGCAUUCUUCGAAUUCAGUCAAUCGUAUCGUCAAAAUGAAAACCCAGAAAAUCGAAUUACUCUUGGAGAAAUAGGCCUCAAGUGGAGGUCAAUGAGUGCAAGGGACCGUGAACCCUACGUCAAUAGUUCAAUUCACAAGAUGGAACAAUUUAAGCUCGAAAAUCCGAACUUUAAAGAAAAGCGUAUUCGUUCAGUUAGGAGAAAGAAUAUUAAAUUCAUAAAUAAUUCUCCGGAAAAAAUGCCAGAUGAACAAUUUUUCAUAAAAUGCAAGGCUUUCUAUUAG